AUGAAGGGCUUCGGCAUCAUCAUCCCCGUCCUCUCGCUCAUGGCCGCCCAGGCUCUGGCCCGCGACUGUCCUCUCGAGUCUGACUGCUUCCAGAAGUCCUGCAAGAACAUACAACUGCUCAUGGAACCGAUUCCCUUCGUCGACAAUAGUGUCUAUCGCGGCCUUUGGCGUCUUCAUGCAGAGUGCAGGGACAAUGCUGGCAUCAAGACCGUCACCCGAAUAGACCUCUCCGAAUGCAUUGGCAACUUCGACGGCAACCUAUUGUGGUCCAAACACGGCGGCUUGUACUGCGACGAAUGCAAGCUCACGAAGACCGAUCCUGUCAUCAUGCAGUGCGAGUGCAAGACCAAGAAACAGAAGCUUGUCGUCAGGGAGAUCAACCUCUCCGAGGGCAUCUGGGUCUAUGAUGGCGCCAUCGGCUGCUACGAUACGCAGUGGGUGAAGUUUCCUGGCAUCGGCAAGUACUGA